UUUCAUUAACAGGACCGCGCUUUUUAGUUGUAAACGUGCUAAUAUGAGGUUGUUCGUUAGAUCCCACCUUGGUGGUCAGGCUGUAAUAUCUGUGGGGCCAAAUGAAUCCGUAAAGUCACUAAAAGAUAAAAUUUCGGUUGUAACCGGCAUUCGGGCUACUACUCAAACACUUUAUCAUCAAGGCUCUCCAUUACUCGAUAGUGGAUUUCUAGAAGAUUUUGGUAUAGCUGACCUAGAUAAUGUCGACGUAAAUUGUGAACUUCGAGGUGGAGGGAAGAAAAGAAAAAAGAAGAAUUAUACCACUCCAAAAAAGAUCAAACACAAAAAGAAAAAAGUAAAACUCGCAACCCUAAAAUUUUACAAAGUUGACUCAAAUGGGAAGGUAACUCGGUUACGAAGAGAAUGUCCCAAUGAGAAGUGCGGUGCUGGAGUCUUUAUGGCCAGCCACUUUGACCGUGAAUAUUGUGGAAAAUGUACCCUAACAUAUAAACAUGUGAACUAGUAAAAAUAGAGUGAGAGAAUUCGGUGUUAGCAUUUUGUAGUUCUUGUUGGUGGUGCGCACCAAUGCCACAACACACCGUGAAUCUCAAUAUCUGUAAGUGGGGUACUAGUAGUGUAGUUGUAACUUUCAGUCAUUCUACAAUUGUUCUAAAUUCCACUCGUUUUAGUUUUAAGAAAUUCGUCAUUGUGUUAAAAUAUGAAGAUCCAAAUCACAUUGACAUCAGGAUUCCCAGUUCUGCUCGGGAUUAUGUAUGUAGUAUAGGUGUCGCGUGAAUAAUCAAAAAAUCUUGUUGAUCGGCCAGCUUCAUGUCAUACCAUUUUGUAACAUGUUUAUAUGGGAGUUUAGAUUAAUAAGGUUUUUCAUUAAGUGAAUUAGGAGUAAAGAAUCUAUUUUACCUACUACAUGCGAACCGAUUUCGGUUUUCUUCCCAUUGAGGUCCGUAUAUCAUUAGUAUGUAAGGAACUCAGUUGUUACUAUGCUUCAAACUCCUCUACUAAUAGAUUUAUGUCUUAAACAUUAAUAUUCUUCACUCAGCCGGAUGCACCAUCUUGUUGUCUACAAUCGCGUUGUUAGCAAAGCAUCAUAGAUAAACAUUGGUAAGCGAUCCUGUUCUAAUAUAAACAUUCCAUCAAAUUUGCCGUACGGCCCUGUUAGAGCCAGAAAUAAUAUAUCUGUGUAUACAAAUUGCAGAAAAAUUCAGUUUUGCUGGAAGGGUUAGCUGGGGUACAUCUAUACUGCAAGGAGUCGAGUUGCUGUAUUGUGCACUUCAGAAACUAUGCGAAGCUCUGAACAAAUGGGUUCCAGACAGAUUAGUGAUUUAAGCUAAUAUUUCAAUUAUUUUGGAAAGGCUCUUAAUUCUUAGCUAGCUUGACAUGACUGGUUACCUUGAAGUUCUUCGUUCACCUCUAAAAUUUAGGACAAGCAUUUGUCGACUUGACAUAAUCCCUUCAAACUGCCUGCGUUCUUAGUUCGUUCCGGGUUACGACUAAGCAGAUAUUCUG